AUGACAGAGAUGGCCAGCUUGGAAGUUCAGGACAAUCCCCCUCGGCGGGAGCAUGGAGCGGGGGAGGAGCCCAAGGCCACAUUCACCGCCGCCGGGCUCACAGCCGUGCCCGAGCAACUGCCCCGACGGCUCUUUGAGCUCUGCGGCCUCAUCCUGCUGGCGGGGCUGCGGGCCAACGGGCUGAUGCUGCUGCUGGCGGCCCUGAGCUCAGGCGCCUCCCGGCCACUCCGCGCCCUGACCACCAGCCUCAUGGUGAACAUCGCGCUGUCCGACCUGCUCUUCCUGGCCUGCGUGGUACCCGUGCUGCCGCUGAGCUUCCUGCGGCCCGACUGGUGGCUGGGCCCUGUCAUCUGCAUCACCAGCCGGGCCACCAACAGCGCCACCACGUUCUGCACCUUCUACAGCAUGGUGGCCACGGCUUUUCUGCACCACGUGGCGGUGGCCCCUGAUGUGGCCCUCCCGGCUGGCCGGGGCGCCCGCCUGCUGCUCUGUGGGGCCAUGUGGGUCCUGGGCCUCGCCGUGUCGUUGCCCACCUGGCUGUUCCAAAGGGUGGUGGUGCAGGAGGGGGCAGCUGGAAUCGGGCCUGCGUCCGAGCCCUGCCCAGACCUCCUGCUACUUACCCCUGCUGGGAGCCUGGCCUUCCUGCCUUGUAUGUGCGGGCUGGGCUGCUCUUUCAGCCACGUGGGCUGGCGCAUGUGGACACAGCCUCGUGGCCCCAGAGGGGAGAGCAUCCAGGAGCACCAGGAGAACACAGGGCUCAUCCUUGUGGUGCUGGUGGUCUUUGUGCUGAUGUGGGGGCCCUGCUCCAUGCUGGGCUAUGUGGCAGCCGUGGGUGGCCUCCCUGCCAUGCUGGUGGCUUUCGUGGCAUCCAGCCUCUGUACCAUCCUGUCCUACUCCAAUUGUGCCAUCAGCCCCAACCUCUGCUUCUACCUCUCCGCCACUUCCAGUGGGGAGACUGAGAUCCAGAGAGGGCAGGUGGCCCAGCCAAGGUGA